UAGCGCGCCAAGUUGCUCAGCUGAUCUGUGUUUUACAGCACAGCUGACCUGCUCAGCUGGCGCAAACGCUCCGCAUGCGGGAGCCAGCACAGCAGCAGCUUAAAGUUAGAGCUGGAUCGAGGUGCGGGCAUAGCGCCAGAGACGUUUUCAUGUUGGUGAAGGUGUUGGAGUUCAGGGACGUUUUCACGGGUUGCUGAAGGCAGCUGUUGGCUGCUUUAUUUGCAGAUCCUCAGCAUGUUCUUUCUUGCUGAAGAAGGGCUGAUGGAGAAGAGCUGAAUUUUGUUGACGGGAUACUCAACUUACGGAAUAGAGGGUCAGCCUAAGUUUUGCUACAAGGGCGCUGCUCAACCCAGCUUGUCAGCUGCUUCAGGUUACAGCCUGGCAAUUGGGUCGCAAUUGCUCAGGAAAGCUGUAAAGUUUGCAACAAGGUGAAAUACCGUACUUGUAGAUUGUGCAGGAGAUUUUCAAGACUGAUAGGUAUCAAGAAGAGCCACUACUCACGCAUAUAGACAGUCUUUACAACUUGGGCGCAGGGAAAGUCCUUUGGUCAGAGCAGCAUGGCGAACUUUGAUUCUAAGGCUCUGCAGGAGGCAACAGCUGGUGCAGUAGGGAGCUUGCUGAGCACCACACUCCUGUACCCCCUUGAUACAUGCAAAACGAGGUAUCAGGCAGAUAACCGGCAAGGUGUACACAAACGCUACACCUCUACUCUUGAUGUUUUCCAUCAGGCAUUGAGAAACAAACAGCUUGGCUCACUUUACCAGGGCUUAGGUACAAAGAACUUCCAGAGCGUGUUGGCGGGCUUCGUAUACUUCUAUUCAUACCAGUACCUGAAGGAUUGGUACAUAAAGCGGACUGGAAUCAAGCGUAUGGGGAUGGGAGCAAACCUUCUGAUUGCAGCUGCAGCUGGGGCGAUCAACUCCAUCGUCAUACAACCUCUGGAUACUGCGUCAUCUAGGAUGCAGACUAUGGAAGCAGGAAAAGUCAGGGGCUUUUGGACCACGUUGACCAAGCAGUCCCUAGGAGAGGCUUACGAUGGGCUCGGUGCCAGCUUGAUUCUGACAUCCAAUCCAGCUAUCCAGUACACCGUCUUCGAGCAGCUGAGGAACGCUGUCCUCGCAGUCGAAACCAGGCUGUAUGACGCGAGCAGAACAGCGGCGAUGGAGUCGAAAGCAGCAAAGGGAGAGGCCUGGACAAGGAGGGACGAGCUUCCGGCCCCUGCACUGACUGCGGCAAUGGCGUUCGUCAUUGGGGCCCUGUCCAAGACUGUGGCUACGGUUGUGACGUACCCGGCAAUCAGAGCGAAGGUCAUGUUGCAGGCUGACAAGGAUGAAGAAGGCGGUCACCCCCGAAACAUGCUGGACGCAAUGAGGAGGGCCGUGGACGAGGGGGGCUUCAAAGGGUUGUACAAAGGCAUGAACGCUCAGAUCUUCAAAACGGUACUCUCGGCUGCCCUCAUGCUGAUGAUCAAGGAGAAGGUCAGUCAAGGCACGGUGCUCGCAUUCCUGUUGUUGAGAAAGUGGGGAAAGGUAGCACGAGAGCGGAAUAAGCUCUUGCCUCUUGAGUUGAAGAUGACGAAGAUAAGGUAGUGUGAGCGCGCGUUUGCUUAUGACGGAAUCAUAGUUGGGCCAACCAAUUUACAUAGAAUAAGGCGCGGCCUGUUUCCUUUGUACGAAAUUUAGCAAAGUUCUUGUCGCAUGAACCCGAGAAGUGUUUGACAUGCCUUUUGAACGGCGAUAUCAAGGCUGCUGGCAGCCAGCAGUCAACAAAGGUGGACAGAUGGAAGUCAAGUAGGACAAAUCUCCGCUCAUGUACCUAUUCAAUUGCACUCUCGUAAGUCCAUGUUCGAACGAAGGUUCCAACGCUAGCGGAUUGAUUGCAC